ACGCUUCCGCUUCCGGUCGCAGCAUCGGGCGAUGGCGUUUGAUUAAAAACGAAGUGGUCGAGCGCUUGCCAGCGAUGGAUGCCUCUCGGCGAGGCAUUUACGACGCUGCCCUCAUGGGCAUCUUGUCAAACGAAGGACAGAUAUAUCCCUUCCUCGACGCCAUCUUCGAUUUCCUGUACCGCCGCACUGACUUCUACCACAUCAAGUCCUCCCCGUCGGACAAACUUGGAUUCAAUCCUGGCGUCGCAAGGCGAAUCGUGAGAGCUGCUUUUGAGUCUUACCACAAGCUUGCAGAUGAAGCACAAAAGAAGAAAGACGCUGCUGCACGGGUCGUUACACAAACCGACGAGCCGGUUCCAAUCGCCGCCGAAGUUGAAGUCGAGACCACCACCUCGGACGAUAUGAUCGAAUCGACAACGAGCGAAAGCGUGGCGGCGGAACCAGUGGAGACCGUCCCCGCGGCUGCAAAGUCGAAGUCCCAGUGCUCGCAGAAAGGUGAUGCUGACAAUGUCGAGGCCACGAAAGAUGACAAAGCCGAUGGACCCACCGUCAGUGCUCCAAAGGCUGGCGAUGAAAACGAUGACCGCGAUUAUGAUCCCGUCCAGGCCAAGUUCCAAAGCCACCCCGAGAGCUACAAUGGCGCCAUGCGCGACAACUACUGCUGGAGCCAGAGUAUCCACGACAUCGACGUCCGAGUCAAGGUCGCUCCGGACGUGACGUCGCGUAACCAGGUCCGCGUGACCAUCGGCACCAACCACCUGAAGGUGGAGUUGCUAGACCUGACAACGAAAACGUGGUCCGUGCACGUGGACGAUGACUUGCACUUUCGCAUCAAGCUCGACGAGUCCAUCUGGACUCUUGUGCCAGGAGACCACGUACUGAUCAACCUGGAGAAGGCCACUGAGCUGUGGUGGGAGCGUCUGCUUGUCAACGAGCCGAAGAUCAACAUCCGUGCCAUCGACCCAACCAAGCCAUUCGAGGAUCUGGACCCGGAGUCCCAGGCCAAGAUCCAGGAGAUCACGUACAACAACCUGCUCAAGCAGGCAGGACGCAAGACGCCCCAGGAAGAGAAAGUGGAGAACCUUCUCCGCGAAGCUUGGGACAAAGACGGGUCACCGUUCAAGGGGCAGCCCUUCGACCCCAGCAUCAUCAACAUGAGUGGUGUCAACAGCGAUGUGUGACCGACAUCUUUUCUUCAUCAACACCGCAUCUUUUGGUUCUCGUCUUGGACUGGAAGAACCGCAAGUUUGUGCUUUGUGUAUGCCAUCCGGAGUUGGCUGGAUGUGUCACAGGGGAGCAUCUUUCGCGCAAGAACUCUGAUGGCCUCUGCUCAUGAAGAACUGGCCUUUGCCUUCUUGCAACACGAACAUUUUGUGACCUGUGCGCGGCGCUUCUGAACUUAGUGAGGUGGCAGAACUGUACCUGAAUUCUUUCCUGUGGGAAAAAAAAGAACUUCAAGAAAACUUGUGCUGGCUACAUAGUAGCCUUGCAAAGAACAGAUCGGCUGCUACAGUCCCGUCUUCUCUGUGGUGCGCAGUCUAUGCAAUUGGGCCAUCGAAACAAAUGCCUCCUUACGACUGCUCCUAGUCCUCACAGUGAAGAACAACAGAUCUUGUGCUAUCCGUAACAAAAUUUUCGUCAUUUUUUGACGCUAAGCAUCACUUGGAGGUUCACUCAUUAAAGUGUUUUAGAAAGGUUGUUAUGUUGCUAGAAGGAUUGUUAUAUAGUUUAUGAUAUCUCCAGAGAGAAGAGAAUGGCACACUGGUGUGUCAUUCUGCACUCCCAACAGAGAUCAUCAGGCUGGCACUGUGGGAAUUUUGUAAAACUGUCUUGUUGGCCAAGUGUAGAUUUUGGUUGUCAGAGGCACUGACUUAUUUUGGAGCUUCGGGUGUGGGCGUUAGCGGUCUCACAAAUUUUACCUAUUUAUUCAGGCAGCCCUGCGGAUAUUGGCUAAGGGCACAUUGCUAUGAACUGAACAAGGUAAUACUUAAUUAAGCAUACACAGCUGAAUGUAAAAGUAAAAGUAGGUUCCAGGAUUAGUAAAGAUGAAUCUUUACAGGUAAACACAAGCUACAGAAUAACUGGAAUGUGUCUGAUCUUAAGAAUAUUUAAAUAUUUGUAUUUAGCAUCCCUGCUGGUUCUGUUGAGGUUUUUGUCCUCCAGUUUAUGGCAAAAUAGGCGCAUUGGUCUCGAAGUGUAGCAUUUUACAUUUUAUGAACUUCUGAAAUGCCACAUAAAAUAGCGCGGCUCACACUGCCACAGCACUGUGCAACAGAGCUGUAGGUUUGUGCAUGGAAUUCUCGUGCAUUUUUAGUGCUAGGCCCUUUUUAUUGCUUCAGAGUACGUGCGAUCACUUCUGCCGGUCGGUCGCACGAUGAUUUUUCCGCAUCAGGUAAGUCAGUACGCAACAUUUUGACACCUAAAGGAAAGGAUGCUAUGCUUUGCACAAUGCCAAGUGGUAGUUGUUGGAAACUUCAUGUGGAGAUUUUGUCUAAAAUAAUGAUAUUUGGUAUUUAAUGUCCCGAAACAACAAUGUGAUUUUGAGAGA